GUAGAGAUUGUGAAACAGUAGAAUGGCAGGAACAACAAGCAACAUUGCCGCUACUGGAAUAGUUCUUGAAGCACUAACAAAAGACAACUACGAUAACUGGAGCUGUCUGGUGAGAAACUAUCUUAUUGGACAUGAUCUGUGGGAAGUUGUUCUUGGUCCGCUAUCUAGAGACGAAACAGAUAAGAAAUGGAACAAAAAGAAUGCUAAGGCUUUGCAUAUAAUUCAACUAGCAUGUGGAUCGGAGAAUCUCACUCGUAUUAGAGAUCUUCAGUCAGCAAAAGAAGCCUGGAAUAAGUUGGGUGCAUCUUAUAGCUCAGAUUUAAAAGCAGAUCCAGAUACUGAACAAGGUGUGGUAGACGAUAGUCUCCGUCAGUAUAAAUCGCUGCACAGAUAUAUUGAAAGUGGUGAAUGGAAUGAUGCAAAAGCAUUUAUGAACAUGGAUGAUAGGGCAAUAUUUUCCACAUCGUCUAAAGGGAGAACCGUUCUGCAUGUUGCAGUAAUUGCUGGGAGAGAGGAGAUUGUAAAGAAAUUAGUAAAGGACGGAAAACAAGAGUUACUGAAAAUGAAAGACGAUCGUGGUUACACAGCUCUUGCUCUUGUUGCUGAGUUAACUGGAAAUACGAAUAUAGCAGAGUGUAUGAUACCGAAGAAGCUAUCACGGCAUGGAUCAGGAGGACCCGUCCUUGGCCAAGACUUGUUAUCUAUGAAGACCAAUGAUGGUGAAAUUCCUGUUCUUCUUGCUGCUGCUAAGGGGCACAAAGAAAUGACAACCUAUCUUUACCGUAAUACUCGGAUGGAAGAUUUGACUGAUGAAAAUUUCUAUAAUGGAGUUUUGCUUCUUACACGAUGCAUCACUGCAGAAAUAUUUGGUGUGGCUUUGAAUUUACUCCAACGAUUCCAACAAAUGCCUCUUGCUCACAAAUCGAAAUCAGAAUCAGAUAGCGUACAACCAUUAUACGCUUUGGCACGCAUGCCUUCUGUCUUCCCAAGUGGCAGCGGUUAUGGAUUCAUACGGCAAUUUCUUUACAACAUUUUGAGAUUACCAGAAAGAGAAAUGCAUGAGUUAUACAGUAUAAAUGUGAGUCUGCCAAAUCUUGCUAAGGAAGAAAAACAACAUAAAACUUCUUUCACAGGAAGAUUGUGUGGAUGGAUAUUGAGUAUAUCGUCAAUAAAGCUUUUAGGUCGACUACUUAUAUAUGUUCACAUGUCAUUUCAGAAUUCGGUACUAAUAAAACUGUCGGGAAUAAGGGAAAUAUAUAAUCAGAAAAUGACACACCUACUAGUGCUUGAAAUAUUGAACUGCUUGUUCCAAAGAAUUCAAGAUUUUAAGGAAUCAGAACUGGUUGAUGCUUCGGCUUACGACGCAAUGUUGCAAGCAGCUAAGCAUGGAAUUAUUGAGUUCAUAGAUGCAAUGAGGAAGGGUAACCCUGACCUGUUAUGGGCUAUUGAUAAAAAUAAGAGAGGAAUAUUUUCACAUGCAGUUCUUAAUCGUAGAAAAGCUGUUUUCCAACUCAUACGUGAUGGAACUGUAAAUGGACGGAAGGAGAUUGUUAAAUGUCGCGUAGACGUUUUUGGCAAUUCCAUGUUGCAUUUGGCAGGAUAUUUAGGACCUUCCUCUGAUCUUGAUCGUAGAUCUGGUCCUGCUAUGCAGAUGCAAAGAGAAAUUCUAUGGUUUAAGGCAGUGGAAGGAAUUGUGCACCCAAAGUGUAAGGAAGCUAAAAAUUCAGACGAUAAGAAGCCUCGUGAAAUAUUUACAGAAAGCCACAGGGAGAUGGUGAAAGCUGGGGAGAAAUGGGCAAAAGAUACGGCAGGCUCGUUUACACUUGUAGCUACACUCAUAACAACCAUAAUGUUUGCUGCAGCUUUCACUGUCCCUGGUGGAAACAAUCAAGACAGUGGAGUUCCACUCUUUUUACAUGACUACACAUUCAAUAUAUUCAUUAUAGCAGAUGCAAUCUCUCUUUUCACUUCUUCAACUUCGGUUUUACUCUUCAUUGGAAUUCUAACAGCUCGUUAUGCAGAAAAGGAUUUCCUCAAGUCAUUACCGCUAAGGUUACUCUUCGGCCUUAUUGCUCUUUUCUUGUCUGUGGUAUCCAUGAUAGUUGCCUUCUGUGCUUCACUUGCUAUGCUCUUAAAGGGACAUCAUGGAGUUAUAAUAACAGCAGUCUCAUUUGCCAGUGUUCCUGUUAUUGUUCUUGUACCUUCGCAGUUGCGACUCUUCCUUGAGAUUUUCAAGUCCACAGUAUUAUCUAAUUGAGACUGCUAAUUAGUUAAGACCUGCUAAUUUAAUCUCUUUAGUACACGUGCUUUAGAAUCCAAAACCUGUGUGACUGAAUCUUCCACAAUUAUAUUUUAUUUGGUCCCUUAUGU